AUUGAAUAGCUGGAAAUUUAAAUGCAACAAUAGAAAAUGGAUUUCAUAAAACAAACUUUUUCGAUUGAGAACAACGUGAAAUAUCCCGAAAAUCUAGAACAAUACGUGGAUUACAACCCAGAAGUGACGCAAGAGUGCUUCCCCCAGAAUUACAUGCCUUUCUUCUACGACUACCGGUCGGCCGAUAGAAAUGUGUAUGAAGUGGAUGAGAGUGGGGAUUGGUGGGGUGACAUAGAGGAUAACCAGGUCACGGUGAAGGAAGAGACGGACGAAGCUGGAACAUCAAAUUUGAACUUUAGUGAAGAUGAGAUUCGUUCACCAGCUGGAGGGCGGAAGGAGCGCACAGCAUUCACGAAAGCGCAGAUCAAGAGUCUAGAAGCUGAGUUCGCACGCGCCAACUACUUGACACGGCUCAGGAGAUAUGAAAUCGCUGUAGCUUUGCAUCUCACGGAAAGACAGGUAAAGGUGUGGUUCCAGAAUAGAAGAAUGAAAUGGAAGCGAACCAAAGGCGCCUCUAAACAUAACAAGAGGAAAGAAAAUUGUACUAUGGAGUAAACGUUAAAAAUCAUUCAUAUUAGUGCAGCAUAGAUUAAAUUGUAAUUCCUUGUAAAAUAAGUAGGUAGUAGGUACCUCCCCUAUAGAUUAAAUAUUCGUAUGUUAUAUAUAUUAUAUAUUAUAAUAUGUUAUAUAUUAUAAUAUAAAAAUCAUAAUGUAAUAGAAAGAUAAAUAAUUAAUUACAAAAAAAUCUAAGUAUCAAAAAUAUAUACUUUAUAGUGUACCUACAUAUCGAUGGCUCCGAAGUAAACCAUCGUAUCUGAAAAAAUAGAGAUAUUUAAGUACUUUUUAACGUUUCGUUAUCUAGGCACUGUUUACUACCCAACCCAUAAAAAUGUAAGUAAAUGAUUUUUAAUAGGGUUUUUUUUUCGACUAUUAACUUCCGAGUUGAAUAUGUUUAGUAAUAAACAGUACCUUGAUAACCAAAGGCUAAAAAGUGAAUAUUGCUAUUUUUCCAGAUACUAUAUUUUACUUAGGAGCCAUCGAUAUAUUUACUAUCGUCGUUCACAAACAAAGCUGUAUUUUUUAUUAAAACUUGCAGCCCAUGAAAUACGUCGCAGGGCGGUGGUAUAUAAUAGUUCUCUACAUUGUUAGCAUGACGCUAAUUCGGAAAACUUCUUGUCGAAUGUUUAGUUGUUAAUUCUUGUAAGGUUUGUGUCAUUAAGUAAUUAAAUAAGAGAAAUCCAACAAUUUGAUGGUUGAUCCCAUCGAGUUAAUCUAAACUAUUUUUAUGUAUGAGAAAAUUUACAU